AUGAAUGAUAAUAGUGUCUCCUCUAACUCCAAUAACUUAAAUUUCAGAAUAAACAUCACAAAACUCCUCCAAAGCAAGUUCUUUAGUCAAUCUCCCAUUGCAUACAGAAGAAAUUAUAUGUUUGGAGAUGAUGAGAAAAAUCAUCGUAAGUUAAAACCUUUGAUUGUCUACGACGAUAUCACAGAUAGAUAACAGUCUAUGACUAGUUCAUCAUCGAGUUCGUCUUACUUGAAAAAGAUAAAUUCGAAAUUAACUCAAUCAACUGAGGCUGACAAUCAAAUUGAAAAUACUACUUCUUUUUAUACAAUAAUUAGCAAAUAUUAUGAUUAUUACAAUAACCAACCAACUCAACGAGAAAAACCAGAAAUCCCUUAAAACCCUGUUAAAAAAAUUGAGAGGCUCUAUACAGAAUAAAAUGAAUAAAUUAGUAACCAAUAAAUAAAGCGAAAAAGCACCAGGAAGCAAGAAGAGCAGAAAUCAAAAAGUAAGAAACUCAAUCCUUCUUAUAAUAAAAAUAAGUAACUUUUUUGA